UUCUCGGCAAAGGUCCAAUGAAGGAAGCUUCAUUUUUGGACGUUGCUCCCAUUCACUUAGAGCAAUCUUCCGAAUAUCCAGCGUUAACAUCGGCAUUGAAUCUGCUGGACGAGGUAUUCGAUUUACAAGCCCGGUCGCAAUGGCUGCGACGCGGAAUUAUUAAUCGUUUAUUGGGUGCACCGUGGGUGAGUCACACAGCAAAUAAGAAAAUUAUCCAAGCGGCCAAAUCAUUAAUUGAAGUGGACAAAAUUGAGCAACUUCUGAUGGUGAUACUAAAUAACAUUUGGCCGGAAGGGAAACGUUCCAGCGGACCGGCUGCAAGGGAAGACAACACAAAAUUGCGAACACGAAUGGCUUCCCGCAUUGCAUUGUUUGCAUUGCUUUCUGACGACUUAAAGCAUGUCCUUGGAUCAGAGACGACGCGUCACGGUCUGUUAAAUUUAUUCCAAAUGCUACAAAAUCGUAAGCUGCACUUACGGCUGAUGUUAAUUCUACUCAACGAUGUGUUAACGACAGUUUAUCAGACCGACAGUAUGACGCAGCAUGUCACAGCGAAUCGAUAAGAUAACUAGAAAUAAACGGGGGGCCAAAACGUGAUAAAUCUGAAGAAAAAAAUUUUUUUUUUCAUUUUUCUUAGUUUUAGUUAUUUAUGUUCGCUGGAUAAAUGAAUUUUGUGAUUUUAUUCCAAUAAAUGAAUUUUAUUUUUGUUGA